AUGCACACCACCGUGGCUUCCUCACGCCUCACCAAGCUCCUUUUCGCCGUUGUCGCUGUGCUCAUCGCCACAUUCUCCAUUCUGGCUUCACUGCGACUUGGUCUACGCGUGCCCUCCAUCGUCCAAUAUAUAAGACCCCAUCCGUUGGUCACGCAGUCGCACCGCCCGCUCACCAAUUCCACCAUGGUUUCGAGCUUGUACAAGAAGCCGCCGCAGCUGCCACCCAAGUUUACAGCAACAAAGGAGAGUUUGCUCAGCGACACAAAGAGAUUGAUUGAGAGAUCACGAGCCGUGCAGGAUGCAAUUGUUGCGAAGAACACACGUGACACGGCGACGUUUGCGACUGUCAACCUCCCCAGCGCACACGAUGACAACAAGGUGGCUAUCGAGUCGCACAUCAUCGGCUUCUACAACGCCGUGUCCACCAACAAGGAGCUGCGGGAUGCGUCCAGCGAAGCGGAGCAGCUGUUUGAAGACUUUGCGAUUGAGUCGUCCAUGCGCGAAGACGUCUUCAACCUGGUGGACGCGGUGCUGAAGAAGGGCGAGAAGCUGGACCCGGAGUCGCAACGGCUGCUGGAGAAGGAGCACAAGUCGUAUAUCCGCAACGGGCUGAGCUUGCCUGCGGGUGAGAAAAGGGACCGGUUCAAGGACAUCAAGCAGAGGCUGAGUCAGAUCAGCAUUGCCUUCAGCAAGAACCUAAACGAGGAGAACGGCGGCCUGUGGUUCACGCGGGAGGAGCUGGACGGUGUCCCGGAUGAUGUGCUCUCGGGCCUGAAGAAGGGAGACGGAGAAAACGAGGGCAAGGUCUGGCUUACCUUCAAGUACCCUGAUCUCUUUCCCACGCUCAAGUACGCGACGAAUGCCGAAACCCGUAAGACGGUCUUCAUCGCAAACGAAAACAAGUGUCCCGAGAAUGUGGCUUUGUUCCGUGAAGCCAUCCUUCUCCGCGACGAGGCUGCCCGACUCCUCGGCUACGAUAACCACGCGCAAUUCAGGAUUGAAGACAAGAUGGCCAAGACCCCCAAGACCGUUGACGACUUUUUGGCGGAUCUGCGCGUACGGCUGGCACCAGGGGGUGCGAAGGAAAUCGAAAAGUUGAAGGAGCUCAAGAAGCAGGACAACAAGGAACGCGGCCUCACGGGACCAUUGACCGAGGGAUAUUACCUAUGGGACAACCGCUACUACGACCGCUUGAUGUUGGAGAAAGAGUACCAGCUCGAUCACCAGGUCAUUGCCGAGUACUUCCCCUUGCAGACGACGAUCCAAGGCAUGCUAAAAAUCUUCGAGGAGCUGUUUGGCUUAGUUUUUGUCGAGAUUGUAGGUGAAGAGGAGCGUGCAGCUCUUGCCGACGGUGGCAAGGGUUCCGACAUCGUCUGGCACGAGGAUGUACAGAUCUUCAGUGUCUGGGAUGACGAAGGUGAAGGUGCUGGUUUUGUUGGUUACCUAUAUCUUGACUUGUUUCCGCGAGACGGCAAGUACGGGCAUGCUGCCAACUUCAACCUCCAGCCCGGUUACAUAGAUGAGAACGGAAAGCGACGCUACCCUGCCACAGCACUCGUUUGCAAUUUCUCCAAGCCCACGCCCAAAAAGCCGUCGCUGCUCAAGCACGAAGAAGUCGUAACCCUGUUCCACGAACUUGGCCACGGUAUCCACGACCUCGUUUCACGAACCACAUACUCGCGCUUCCACGGCACAAAUACCGUCCGCGAUUUCGUCGAAGCGCCCUCUCAGAUGCUCGAGAACUGGUGCUGGACCCCUUCGCAACUCCGAUCACUAUCGCACCACUACUCCUAUCUAUCUCCAGAAUAUGAAGCCGCAUACAAAGAGUCGUCGGGCUCGGACAAGAAGCCGGCCGAGAAGAUCCCCAACUCGCUGGUUGCAAACUUGAUCAGCACGAAGCACGUCAACGAUGCGUUGUUCAACCUUCGACAAUUGCACUUUGGUACCUUUGAUAUGAAGGUGCACGAACCUGCUAGCCACGAGGCCCUCGAGAACAUGGACAUCACGGAGACAUACAACUCGCUGAGGCACGAAAUCUGCCAGCUGGAUGGACCUGAGGCGCUAGAUGGGGAUAAGAAGGGCGAUUGGCAUUGGGGUAAUGGUGAAGCGACAUUUGGACAUUUGAUCGGUGGGUACGAUGCUGGAUACUACGGCUACCUUUCCUCUCAAGUCUACUCUACAGACAUGUUCUACAGUGUCUUCAAAGCUGACCCAAUGAAUCCCAAAGAAGGCCGGCGCUAUCGCCACACGGUGCUGGAGCGUGGAGGCAGCAAAGAGGAAAUGGAUAUUCUAGUGGAGUUUUUGGGCAGGAAGCCUCAGACGGAGGCGUUCUACAAGGAAUUGGGGAUUGAGAAGUAG